AUGGCAAUGGCAACCGCCGGUCAACAGCAACAACAACAACAAUGGUCUCCAUAUAACACUGAUCUCCAAGGCUAUUUACAACAACACGACCAACAGUUUCAACCCAGCGAAUACUCGAGUGGUUACGAUUAUGGUGGUCAUGAUGGAGGCAAUGGCGGUGGUCAUGAUUUCAGCGACACAUCUAGCCACGGAGACUUUGGCCACUUCGGCGGUCACGAUCUAAAAGCCCACUCCUAUCCCGUCCAUCAGCACGUUGAAGAGGAAAACCCUGAACCGAUCAAACAUUAUAAAGAGGUCGUUGUCCCAGUCCCAAAGAAUGUAGAGUUCAAAGUCCACCAGCCAAUCCUCAUACCAGUUCCUCAUCCCGUUCCAAUCCAGAUACCGGUUCCUAAAGCUGUAGUUAUCCCUAUAAUAAAGGAGGUAUCUAUCCCAGUUGAGAAAUCCGUCCCAUAUCCCGUUGAAAAGGUUGUCCACGUACCUAAAAUAAAGGAGGUUCCCUUUGAAGUGGUAAAACAUAUAAUUGUACCUGUAGAAAAGCCUGUACCAUUCAAAGUGCCCGUUUACGAAACGAUUAUUCACACAAAGAAAGGGUCACACAAGAUCCGUUGA